AUGGUUGAGAAUCCCACCGACAUUCUUAACGGCAUAAACGACCUUCCCAAAGCGGAAAGCGGAGUGUGCAAAGGAUGGAUCAUGAAUCCUUCAGAUGACGUGAAAGAGGAGUACCCCGGAUCGAGUUCAUCCCCGUCCAGUGACCCACCGAUGAUGCCACCGCCACUACCGAUGGAGGGGCUUCAUGACCUUGGUCCUCCACCAUUCCUAAACAAAACCUUUGAUAUGGUGGAUGAUCCAACUACUGAUCACAUUGUUUCUUGGAACAGAGGAGGUCAGAGCUUUGUGGUUUGGGACUCAAAUGCCUUCUCCACCAACCUCCUCCCUAGAUUCUUCAAGCACAACAACUUCUCAAGCUUUGUCAGGCAGCUAAAUACUUAUGGCUUCAGAAAGAUUGAUCCAGAGAGAUGGGAGUUUGCCAAUGAAGCAUUUCUAAGAGGUCAGAAGCAUCUUCUGAGGGUUAUUAGGAGACGAAAGGCACCUUCUCAGCCUUUUCCUCCACAGCUAGCUCUUGGUCCUUAUGUUGAACUUGGAAGAUUCGGUUUAGAUGGAGAAGUUGAUCGGCUGAGAAGGGACAAGCAGGUUUUAAUGAUAGAGCUUGUGAAGCUUAGACAGCAGCAACAGAACACCAGAGCUCAACUUCAUGCCAUGGAGCUGAGGCUACAAGGGACAGAGAAAAAGCAGCACCAAAUGAUGAAUUUCUUAGCAAGAGCAAUGCAAAACCCAGCAUUCAUACAACAGUUGGUUCAACAAAAGGAGAGAAGGAAGGAACUUGAAGAAGCCAUUUCUAAGAAAAGGCGGCGGCCGAUUGAUAUAGUGCCUCAAGGUAUUGGAAUAGGAGGUGGAGAGUCUAGCCAAAGUGGCAAAAGAUUAAAUCCUAUUAAGGUCGAACCUCUUGAAUUUGGAGAUCCUUAUGGGUUUCAAGUGACUGAGCUGGACGCACUUGCAUUAGAAAUGCAGGGAUUUGGUAGAACAAGAAGGAAGCCAGAGCCAGAACAUGAAGAACUAGAGCAGUUUGAGAGUGAGGAUAGAGAACUUGAUGAGGGAUUCUGGGAAGAGUUACUGAGUGAGGAGUUUGAUGAAGAACUGGAAAUGACUGGGAACGAAGAAGGCCAAGCGAAAGAUGUGAAUGUCUUGGCUGAUAGGUUGGGGUUCUUGGGUUCAAGCCCGAAAUAG